AUGCCUACAGACUCAACAGAUGAUAUCACAACAGAAUCAGUUAUAAAUGUUACAAAUGACACUACAGAAGACACAACUGAUGAACUUCAUACAGAAAUACCUGAAUCAAUCACAAGCAGCACAGACGAAUCUGUAACAGAUGAAUCAGCCUUUAAUGACUUGACAGAUUUCACAACAGAAAUAACAGAAGAAUUUUCAACAUUUUUGUCGGAAAACACUACCACAACUCAGUCAUAUGAGGUUGAUUUCACAGAGGAAACUGAACAGUCAACUACAGGAAUAACUGAUCAAACAGCUACAGCCAUUACAGCAGAACCAACGACAGGAAAUACAAGUGGAUUCAACUUUGAAGAAUCAACUACAGAUUUCACUCAAGAGGACCCAGAAUUUACAACAGCAUUAACCUCAGAAAUAUCUAUAAAUGUCACUGAAGUAUCAACAGAUUUUACUACUGACUCAUCAGAGGAGGAAUCACCAGAAGAGACUGAUCUUACAACUACAGGAAUAACUGAUCAAACAGCAACAGUCUUAACACCACAAUUAACUACUGAAGACACACUGGGUUCAACAACAGCGUUUACAUCAGACAUCUCCCAAAAUGUCACUAAAGUAUCAACAGCUUUUACUACUGACUCAUCAGAGGAGGAAUCAACAGAAGAGACUGAUCUGACAACUACAGGAAUAACUGAUCAAACAGCUACAAUCACAACACCACAAUUAACUACUGAAGACACACUGGGUUCAACAACAGCAUUUACAUCAGACAUCUCCCAAAAUGUCACUAAAGUAUCAACAGCUUUUACUACUGACUCAUCAGAGGAGGAAUCAACAGAAGAGACUGAUCUGACAACUACAGGAAUAACUGAUCAAACAGCAACAAUCACAACUUCACAAUUAACUACUGAAGACACACUGGGUUCAACAACAGCAUUUACAUCAGACAUCUCCCAAAAUGUCACUAAAGUAUCCACAGCUUUUACUACUGACUCAUCAGAGGAGGAAUCAACAGAAGAGACUGAUCUGACAACUACAGGAAUAACUGAUCAAACAGCAACAGUCUUAACACCACAAUUAACUACUGAAGACACACUGGGUUCAACAACAGCGUUUACAUCAGACAUCUCCCAAAAUGUCACUAAAGUAUCAACAGCUUUUACUAGUGACUCAUCAGAGGAGGAAUCAACAGAAGAGACUGAUCUGACAACUACAGGAAUAACUGAUCAAACAGCUACAAUCACAACACCACAAUUAACUACUGAAGACACACUGGGUUCAACAACAGCAUUUACAUCAGACAUCUCCCAAAAUGUCACUAAAGUAUCAACAGCUUUUACUACUGACUCAUCAGAGGAGGAAUCAACAGAAGAGACUGAUCUGACAACUACAGGAAUAACUGAUCAAACAGCAACAAUCACAACUUCACAAUUAACUACUGAAGACACACUGGGUUCAACAACAGCGUUUACAUCAGACAUCUCCCAAAAUGUCACUAAAGUAUCAACAGCUUUUACUACUGACUCAUCAGAGGAGGAAUCAACAGAAGAGACUGAUCUGACAACUACAGGAAUAACUGAUCAAACAGCUACAAUCACAACUUCACAAUUAACUACUGAAGACACACUGGGUUCAACAACAGCGUUUACAUCAGACAUCUCCCAAAAUGUCACUAAAGUAUCAACAGCUUUUACUACUGACUCAUCAGAGGAGGAAUCAACAGAAGAGACUGAUCUGACAACUACAGGAAUAACUGAUCAAACAGCUACAAUCACAACUUCACAGUUAACUACUGAAGACACACUGGGUUCAACAACAGCGUUUACAUCAGACAUCUCCCAAAAUGUCACUAAAGUAUCCACAGCUUUUACUACUGACUCAUCAGAGGAGGAAUCAACAGAAGAGACUGAUCUGACAACUACAGGAAUAACUGAUCAAACAGCUACAAUCACAACACCACAAUUAACUACUGAAGACACACUGGGUUCAACAACAGCAUUUACAUCAGACAUCUCCCAAAAUGUCACUAAAGUAUCAACAGCUUUUACUACUGACUCAUCAGAGGAGGAAUCAACAGAAGAGACUGAUCUGACAACUACAGGAAUAACUGAUCAAACAGCAACAAUCACAACUUCACAAUUAACUACUGAAGACACACUGGGUUCAACAACAGCGUUUACAUCAGACAUCUCCCAAAAUGUCACUAAAGUAUCAACAGCUUUUACUACUGACUCAUCAGAGGAGGAAUCAACAGACGAGACUGAUCUGACAACUACAGGAAUAACUGAUCUAACAGAAACAAUCACAACUUCACAAUUAACUACUGAAGACACACUGGGUUCAACAACAGCGUUUACAUCAGACAUCUCCCAAAAUGUCACUAAAGUAUCAACAGCUUUUACUAGUGACUCAUCAGAGGAGGAAUCAACAGAAGAGACUGAUCUGACAACUACAGGAAUAACUGAUCAAACAGCUACAAUCACAACACCACAAUUAACUACUGAAGACACACUGGGUUCAACAACAGCAUUUACAUCAGACAUCUCCCAAAAUGUCACUAAAGUAUCAACAGCUUUUACUACUGACUCAUCAGAGGAGGAAUCAACAGAAGAGACUGAUCUGACAACUACAGGAAUAACUGAUCAAACAGCAACAAUCACAACAUCACAAUUAACUACUGAAGACACACUGGGUUCAACAACAGCAUUUACAUCAGACAUCUCCCAAAAUGUCACUAAAGUAUCAACAGCUUUUACUACUGACUCAUCAGAGGAGGAAUCAACAGAAGAGACUGAUCUGACAACUACAGGAAUAACUGAUCAAACAGCUACAAUCACAACACCACAAUUAACUACUGAAGACACACUGGGUUCAACAACAGCAUUUACAUCAGACAUCUCCCAAAAUGUCACUAAAGUAUCAACAGCUUUUACUACUGACUCAUCAGAGGAGGAAUCAACAGAAGAGACUGAUCUGACAACUACAGGAAUAACUGAUCAAACAGCAACAAUCACAACUUCACAAUUAACUACUGAAGACACACUGGGUUCAACAACAGCGUUUACAUCAGACAUCUCCCAAAAUGUCACUAAAGUAUCAACAGCUUUUACUACUGACUCAUCAGAGGAGGAAUCAACAGAAGAGACUGAUCUGACAACUACAGGAAUAACUGAUCAAACAGCUACAAUCACAACUUCACAGUUAACUACUGAAGACACACUGGGUUCAACAACAGCAUUUACAUCAGACAUCUCCCAAAAUGUCACUAAAGUAUCCACAGCUUUUACUACUGACUCAUCAGAGGAGGAAUCAACAGAAGAGACUGAUCUGACAACUACAGGAAUAACUGAUCAAACAGCUACAAUCACAACACCACAAUUAACUACUGAAGACACACUGGGUUCAACAACAGCAUUUACAUCAGACAUCUCCCAAAAUGUCACUAAAGUAUCAACAGCUUUUACUACUGACUCAUCAGAGGAGGAAUCAACAGAAGAGACUGAUCUGACAACUACAGGAAUAAGUGAUCAAACAGCAACAAUCACAACUUCACAAUUAACUACUGAAGACACACUGGGUUCAACAACAGCGUUUACAUCAGACAUCUCCCAAAAUGUCACUAAAGUAUCAACAGCUUUUACUAGUGUCUCAUCAGAGGAGGAAUCAACAGAAGAGACUGAUCUGACAACUACAGGAAUAACUGAUCAAACAGCUACAAUCACAACACCACAAUUAACUACUGAAGACACACUGGGUUCAACAACAGCAUUUACAUCAGACAUCUCCCAAAAUGUCACUAAAGUAUCAACAGCUUUUACUACUGACUCAUCAGAGGAGGAAUCAACAGAAGAGACUGAUCUGACAACUACAGGAAUAACUGAUCAAACAGCAACAAUCACAACUUCACAAUUAACUACUGAAGACACACUGGGUUCAACAACAGCGUUUACAUCAGACAUCUCCCAAAAUGUCACUAAAGUAUCAACAGCUUUUACUACUGACUCAUCAGAGGAGGAAUCAACAGAAGAGACUGAUCUGACAACUACAGGAAUAACUGAUCAAACAGCUACAAUCACAACUUCACAGUUAACUACUGAAGACACACUGGGUUCAACAACAGCAUUUACAUCAGACAUCUCCCAAAAUGUCACUAAAGUAUCCACAGCUUUUACUACUGACUCAUCAGAGGAGGAAUCAACAGAAGAGACUGAUCUGACAACUACAGGAAUAACUGAUCAAACAGCUACAAUCACAACACCACAAUUAACUACUGAAGACACACUGGGUUCAACAACAGCAUUUACAUCAGACAUCUCCCAAAAUGUCACUAAAGUAUCAACAGCUUUUACUACUGACUCAUCAGAGGAGGAAUCAACAGAAGAGACUGAUCUGACAACUACAGGAAUAAGUGAUCAAACAGCAACAAUCACAACUUCACAAUUAACUACUGAAGACACACUGGGUUCAACAACAGCGUUUACAUCAGACAUCUCCCAGAAUGUCACUAAAGUAUCAACAGCUUUUACUACUGACUCAUCAGAGGAGGAAUCAACAGACAAGACUGAUCUGACAACUACAGGAAUAACUGAUCUAACAGAAACAAUCACAACUUCACAAUUAACUACUGAAGACACACUGGGUUCAACAACAGCGUUUACAUCAGACAUCUCCCAAAAUGUCACUAAAGUAUCCACAGCUUUUACUACUGACUCAUCAGAGGAGGAAUCAACAGAAGAGACUGAUCUGACAACUACAGGAAUAACUGAUCAAACAGCAACAGUCUUAACACCACAAUUAACUACUGAAGACACACUGGGUUCAACAACAGCGUUUACAUCAGACAUCUCCCAAAAUGUCACUAAAGUAUCAACAGCUUUUACUAGUGUCUCAUCAGAGGAGGAAUCAACAGAAGAGACUGAUCUGACAACUACAGGAAUAACUGAUCAAACAGCUACAAUCACAACACCACAAUUAACUACUGAAGACACACUGGGUUCAACAACAGCAUUUACAUCAGACAUCUCCCAAAAUGUCACUAAAGUAUCAACAGCUUUUACUACUGACUCAUCAGAGGAGGAAUCAACAGAAGAGACUGAUCUGACAACUACAGGAAUAACUGAUCAAACAGCAACAAUCACAACUUCACAAUUAACUACUGAAGACACACUGGGUUCAACAACAGCGUUUACAUCAGACAUCACCCAAAAUGUCACUAAAGUAUCCACAGCUUUUACUACUGACUCAUCAGAGGAGGAAUCAACAGAAGAGACUGAUCUGACAACUACAGGAAUAACUGAUCAAACAGCUACAAUCACAACUUCACAGUUAACUACUGAAGACACACUGGGUUCAACAACAGCGUUUACAUCAGACAUCUCCCAAAAUGUCACUAAAGUAUCAACAGCUUUUACUACUGACUCAUCAGAGGAGGAAUCAACAGAAGAGACUGAUCUGACAACUACAGGAAUAACUGAUCAAACAGCUACAAUCACAACUUCACAAUUAACUACUGAAGACACACUGGGAUCAACAACAGUAUUUACAUCAGACAUCUCCCAAAAUGUCACUAAAGUAUCAACAGCUUUUACUACUGACUCAUCAGAGGAGGAAUCAACUGAAGAGACUGAUCUGACAACUACAGGAAUAACUGAUCAAACAGCUACAAUCACAACUUCACAAUUAACUACUGAAGACACACUGGGUUCAACAACAGCAUUUACAUCAGACAUCUCCCAAAAUGUCACUAAAGUAUCCACAGCUUUUACUACUGACUCAUCAGAGGAGGAAUCAACAGAAGAGACUGAUCUGACAACUACAGGAAUAACUGAUCAAACAGCAACAAUCACAACUUCACAAUUAACUACUGAAGACACACUGGGUUCAACAACAGCAUUUACAUCAGACAUCUCCCAAAAUGUCACUAAAGUAUCAACAGCUUUUACUACUGACUCAUCAGAGGAGGAAUCAACAGAAGAGACUGAUCUGACAACUACAGGAAUAACUGAUCAAACAGCAACAAUCACAACUUCACAAUUAACUACUGAAGACACACUGGGUUCAACAACAGCAUUUACAUCAGACAUCUCCCAAAAUGUCACUAAAGUAUCAACACCUUUUACUACUGACUCAGAGGAGGAAUCAACAGAAGAGACUGAUCUGACAACUACAGGAAUAACUGAUCAAACAGCUACAGUCUUAACACCACAAUUAACUACUGAAGACACACUGGGUUCAACGACAGCGUUUACAUCAGACAUCUCCCAAAAUGUCACUAAAGUAUCAACAACAGAAUUUCCAGAUCUAUCAACUCAUUCUUCAACAAUGGAAUCCAAAACAGUUACACCGAUACCAAACUCAGAUUUCACAGAUUCUUUAGUGACAGCUACCACCACAGAGUCCACAACAGAAUCUACUCAGAAAACAAGUGCAAGAACUUCUGUUCAGUCAACUACAACAUUAACAACAGAAUCAGCUACAGAAAUAACAGCUGAAUUUACCAAAGAAGAAUCAGCAACUACUGAUCAAUCACAUACAGCCAUAACAUCAGUAUCAGCCUCAAGUGACACAGCAAAAUCCACAACAUUUACUUUUGAAUUGACCACAGAGUCCACAGAUUUGUCAGUUACUGCUCCUACAGUGAAAUCCACAAAAGGAAUAACAGAAGCAUCAACCACAGUCUUCACAAAGUCAUCACCUUCAGGUUCAACUAUAGAGUCCACAACAUUGUUUACAGAGAAAUCAAGUGUAGGAAUUACCGAUCAAUCAACAAGCACCACACCAGAAUCAACAACCGAGAUCAAAUCCACAUCAACUUCUGGUGUCACAGCAGUGCCCACAGAAAUUGCUACAGAUACAACUGAUGAUUUUGCAUCACAGUCCACUACAGGAAAGAGCAGAGAAGAAACAACAGUGAUCAUUACUGAGCCUGGAGAAACAAAUGCUGUUAUCACAUCAAGGACUACAGCAGGUAUUACAGUAGAACCAGUGACACUAGUGGACACAACAUUACCCCACACUCCAUUUGCUACCACAGAGGGCACUCCGACAUCUGUCACAAUACAAUCUUCAACCCAACAAUCAACAAAUGGAGUGGAACUCACUAUGACAACAAUCAAGCCUACACUUAAAACUACAACACUGCUUAAAACUACAGUGCCUGUGAGGUUCACCAGCGAUGAAACUUUUGAUCCCGCACUGUUGGACUCAACUUCACCCACAUUUAAAAAACGAGAACAAAGAGUCAAAGAUGACUUUUUGAACAUUUUAAGUAAAGCAUUCCACUCCUUCAUCGAAUUGACAUUCAUCCGGUUCCAUGCUGGAUCAGUCAUCACAGAUAUGGAUUUAAUAUUCAGGAUGGACAGCAUUUUACCUGCUGAUGAAGAGAUAAGAAAUAUUAUGCUCAAUGCCUCCACUACGUUUAAUAUCACCAGUGUAGAGGUCAGGCCGAAAGAUGACCUUACAACUACAACAAAUCCUUCUACAACUACUUUCAUACAAACACUUGAACCAUCAACAACACUCCAACAAACAGUAUCUGCAAUCCAACACACUUCAACCUAUCCUACAGUUACAACAACAGCCCAAGAUACAAACAGUGCUCAUACUACAACACGGAUGACAGCAACAACUCUAUUCCAACCUACAACUAUGAUUCAGCCUGCAACAAUAUCUGCAUCACAACCUGCAACAUCUUCAACAAAGCCAACGCUUUCAACAACUGCCCAAAUACAAAGUACAAAUACAGCCCAGACCAAAACUACACAGAAACCUACACAAACUCCAACCCAGCCAACAAUCACUACAUCAAAGCCUGCAACACCUACAACCCAGAUUACAACAACUCAGCCACAAAGAGUUACAAGUUUAUCGAAACUGACGGGUAUACCUGAAAGUUCAAUGAUAUAUACAACCAUAUCCACAACAGCUGCAAUCCAGUCAACAAUUACAACAAAAUCUACAGUUACAACAACAGCCCAUGGUACAAAUAAUGUCCAGACAACAACUACAUUAAAACCUACAACUACAAUCCAGCCAGUAAUUAAAACACACCCAACGAUAUCUACCCCACAACAUGACACAGGUACAACUCAGCCUAGUGUUACAACAACAGUGCACCCUACAAAUUCAGCUCUGACAACAACAAUACCCCCAACUAUCCCAAAAACAACCCAGAAAAUAAUUUCCCAGCCUGCAACAGCUACAAACAAGCCUUCAACAGCUACUACUCAGUCUACAGUUACAACAACUGUCGGGCCUACAAAUGCAUCACAGUCCACAACUACAUCCAGACCGUCACCAGCUACAACCCAGAAAAUAAUAUCCCAGCCUGCAACAGCUACAACCAAGCCUUCAACAGCUACUACUCAGUCUACAGUUACAACAACUGUCGGGCCUACAAAUACAUCACAGUCCACAACUACAUCCAGACCGUCACCAGCUACAACCCAGAAAAUAAUAUCCCAGCCUGCAACAGCUACAAACAAGCCUUCAACAGCUACUACUCAGUCUACAGUUACAACAACUGUCGGGCCUACAAAUGCAUCACAGUCCACAACUACAUCCAGACCGUCACCAGCUACAACCCAGAAAAUAAUAUCCCAGCCUGCAACUGCUACAACCAAGCCUUCAACAGCUACUACUCAGUCUACAGUUACAACAACUGUCGGGCCUACAAAUGCAUCACAGUCCACAACUACAUCCAGACCAUCACCAGCUACAACCCAGAAAAUAAUUUCCCAGCCUGCAACAGCUACAACCAAGCCUUCAACAGCUAAUACUGAGACUACAGUUACAACAACUGUCGGGCCUACAAAUGCAUCACAGUCCACAACUACAUCCAGACCGUCACCAGCUACAACCCAGAAAAUAAUUUCCCAGCCUGCAACAGCUACAACCAAGCCUUCAACAGCUAAUACUGAGACUACAGUUACAACAACUGUCGGGCCUACAAAUGCAUCACAGUCCACAACUACAUCCAGACCGUCACCAACUACAACCCAGAAAAUAAUUUCCCAGCCUGCAACAGCUACAACCAAGCCUUCAACAGCUACUACUCAGUCUACAGUUACAACAACUGUCGGGCCUACAAAUGCAUCACAGUCCACAACUACAUCCAGACCGUCACCAGCUACAACCCAGAAAAUAAUUUCCCAGCCUGCAACUGCUACAACCAAGCCUUCAACAGCUACUACUCAGUCUACAGUUACAACAACUGUCGGGCCUACAAUUGCAUCACAGUCCACAACUACAUCCAGACCGUCACCAGCUACAACCCAGAAAAUAAUUUCCCAGCCUGCAACAGCUACAACCAAGCCUUCAACAGCUAAUACUGAGACUACAGUUACAACAACUGUCGGGCCUACAAAUGCAUCACAGUCCACAACUACAUCCAGACCGUCACCAGCUACAACCCAGAAAAUAAUUUCCCAGCCUGCAACAGCUACAACCAAGCCUUCAACAGCUAAUACUCAGUCUACAGUUACAACAACUGUCGGGCCUACAAAUGCAUCACAGUCCACAACUACAUCCAGACCGUCACCAGCUACAACCCAGAAAAUAAUUUCCCAGCCUGCAACAGCUACAACCAAGCCUUCAACAGCUACUACUCAGUCUACAGUUACAACAACUGUCGGGCCUACAAUUGCAUCACAGUCCACAACUACAUCCAGACCGUCACCAGCUACAACCCAGAAAAUAAUUUCCCAGCCUGCAACAGCUACAACCAAGCCUUCAACAGCUAAUACUCAGUCUACAGUUACAACAACUGUCGGGCCUACAAAUGCAUCACAGUCCACAACUACAUCCAGACCGUCACCAGCUACAACCCAGAAAAUAAUUUCCCAGCCUGCAACAGCUACAACCAAGCCUUCAACAGCUACUACUCAGUCUACAGUUACAACAACUGUCGGGCCUACAAUUGCAUCACAGUCCACAACUACAUCCAGACCGUCACCAGCUACAACCCAGAAAAUAAUUUCCCAGCCUGCAACAGCUACAACCAAGCCUUCAACAGCUAAUACUGAGACUACAGUUACAACAACUGUCGGGCCUACAAAUGCAUCACAGUCCACAACUCCAUCCAGACCGUCACCAGCUACAACCCAGAAAAUAAUUUCCCAGCCUGCAACAGCUACAACCAAGCCUUCAACAGCUACUACUCAGUCUACAGUUACAACAACUGUCGGGCCUACAAAUGCAUCACAGUCCACAACUACAUCCAGACCGUCACCAGCUACAACCCAGAAAAUAAUUUCCCAGCCUGCAACAGCUACAACCAAGCCUUCAACAGCUAAUACUGAGACUACAGUUACAACAACUGUCGGGCCUACAAAUGCAUCACAGUCCACAACUACAUCCAGACCGUCACCAGCUACAACCCAGAAAAUAAUUUCCCAGCCUGCAACUGCUACAACCAAGCCUUCAACAGCUACUACUCAGUCUACAGUUACAACAACUGUCGGGCCUACAAUUGCAUCACAGUCCACAACUACAUCCAGACCGUCACCAGCUACAACCCAGAAAAUAAUUUCCCAGCCUGCAACAGCUACAACCAAGCCUUCAACAGCUAAUACUGAGACUACAGUUACAACAACUGUCGGGCCUACAAAUGCAUCACAGUCCACAACUACAUCCAGACCGUCACCAGCUACAACCCAGAAAAUAAUUUCCCAGCCUGCAACAGCAACAACCAAGCCUACAACAGUUACUACUCAGUCUACAAUUACAACAGCUGCCCAACUUACAAAUGCAGCCCAGACCACAACUAAAUCUCCUCCAAUACAAACCACAAUAUCCCAGCCUGCAACAGCUACAACCAAGACUGCAGCAGCUACAACUCAGCCUAGUGUUACAACAACUGCUGGGCCUACAAAUGCAGUCCAGACCACAACUACAUCCUCAUCUUUACCAACUACAGUCCAGAAAAUAUCCCAGCAGUCUACAGUUACAACCAAGCCUGCAACAGCUGCAACCCAGCCAGCAGAUUCAUCCACAUCCGCAGCUCUAACAUUUACAUCCCAGCCGACAACUGCAACACAGCCAAACAUAUCUACAACCCAGCCAACAAUCCAACUCACCACCACAACUGCCAAGCCUACAGUUAAAACUACAAAAGAGCUGACAACUGCAACCGAGCCAACAAUAAAUACAUUGAAACCUACAACAACUAAAACCCAGCUAAUAACUACACCUGCAACCAAACCUAGAACUACAAACCAGUCUGUAGCUUCAACUAUAACCCUGCCAAAAACAGCACCUCAUCCCACCACAAAUUCAAACAAGCCUACACUUCAUACAACAACACCCCUCACAACUACAGUCACCGUCAGGUUUACCAGCAAUGAAAACUUUGAAAUAGCACUGUCUGACUCAAAUUCAGAAACCUUUCAAAUACGAGAACGAAGAGUCAAAAAUGAGUUUGAGCCAAUCUUUAGAAAAAUAUACCACUUCUUCAUCAGAUUGAGAGUUAUUCGGUUCCGUCCUGGAUCAGUCAUCACCGAUAUGAAUUUAGAGUUCAGGUUGGAUAGCGUAUUGCCCAGUGAUAUUGAGAUCAGUGAAGUUUUCCUCAAUGCUACCACUACGUUUAAUAUCACAAGUGUACAGGUCAGGCCAAAUGCUGACCCUUUAACUACAACCAAACCCACUACACGUAAACCAACAACUACAACCAAACCCUUUACAAGUAAACCAACAACUACAACCAAACCCACUACACGUAAACCAACAACUACAACCAAACCUACUACAACUACUAGCAAACCCGCUGCAGCCAAACCAACCACCAAACGUCCAACCACCACAACCAAAACUACAACAACAGCAGUUCCAACACGUCCUCCACCAGUUGUAACCAUAGACUUGAUCAUUUUACAAAUAUAUGUUAUACAGCUUGCAGACCCGCAAAGUCAAGAAUUUAAGAAACUAGCAUUUCAAAUUGAAUUUGAGUUUGACAAAAUCUAUAAAAAGAAGUAUGGACCUCUUUUCAUCAGGGUUCAUGUGAUUGCUUUCAGAGGUGUUACCAGAACCCGGAUGCAACAAAAUGUGGAGGCAGAGCUUGAGUUAGUGUUUAAUGAAACCUCCACUGAACCCAUCCCAAGCAACGAUGACAUUGUGAUUACUCUGAAAGAGGCAGUGUCAACUCCAGGCUUCAACCUCUCUAUUGUUGCUGAAUCUAUUAGUGUUACCAAAUCACUGCAGAUCAUUCCUUUGACCCUCUUGACCAAUGGCUCCUUUGUGGCUGCUCUGUUAGACACAAGUUCAACUGAAUUUCGAAACAGGGCAUCAAUGAUAAAAUUAGGGCUUGAACCCUUUUUCACUGCUGAUUAUCCAACAUCAUUCACUGUACUAACUUCAACACAAUUCAGUAAUGCCACUGCAAAAUCAAAGAGUGUGCCCAUGAUUAAAAACGCCAUAGACCUCACAUUUGCAGCGAACUCCACUCUACCCAACAGUACACAAAUAUUGAAAACUAUAGUCCGAGCAGCCUACAACAACUCUUUACCCUUCCAGAUCUUCACGUCUUCCAUUGUGAUUAAUGGCACAGCAUAUUCAUCAAGCGAAGUCACUAGCAGGAUCAGUGUGUCAACCGCUUCAAUCCUGGUUGCCGUGUCACUUCUGGUCACAUGGUUUGACUGACAGUAGACACACAUGUCCUGACUCCAACAGGUCUGAACGGUGCCCUCAAUGCCGCUCACAUGAAGGAAUAUCACAUAUAUGAAGAAGAUACUACAGUAAUAUUGUACAUAAUCUUGCUGAAAAUGACAAACAAGACUUUGAAGGAUUCCAUUCCAGCGCUGGUUCUGUAUACCUCAGACCAUCGCAUGUUUGCACACAUGUUUAGUAUGAACAUCUGUUUCUGAAACAAACCAACACAAAGAGAUCACAUCUAUCUACACUAUCAUCGCAAGUAAUCAUAUCUGAAUAGUGUGAAGAAUUUACAUCUGAGUCAGCAUUGCCUGGAACAAAACAAAUACAUUUGUGUUCUCAAGAUCCUCUUUAAAAAGACUAAACCAGCGUCACCACUAACCAGUCAAACCAGUUGUUUAAUAUACUUUGUCUGAAAAAAGAGUUUCAGGAAGUGUAUUCUCUAAAUUAAUCCUAAAUUAAGUGGUCUUUUCUCUAAAUUCAUUGGUAGAUAUUGGUAAAAACGAAAUAAUAGGUACAACUAACUAGUAUUUUAACUGGUGAGAAAAGUCUGUGUUUAAAGUGGGUUCCAACAGUCUGAGACAGAUGUAUUCUAUUACCAAUUCUAUUAUCACAAGAUCAUCAACUAUGUAUUUAUAAAUAACUAAAUCUGUAUAAAAUCUUGUAAGUUAUAUAUAUGUACAGUGCAUAUAUAAAAUAUAUAUAUAUAUAUAUAUAUAGAGAGAGAGAGAGAGAGAGAGAGAGAGAGAGAGAGCACUAUUCUAUAUUUAUGUUCAGGGUUUCAAAUAAACUAAAUUGGAAUUAAUUUAACUGCAUUUUAUUUAAUUGCUUUCUUCUUUUUCACAUUUAUUUGUACAUUUACAUAGUGAAAAAGGUGAAAAGUACAGAGUGAAUUCAAGUCUUGAAUCUUUAUUCAUUGUGCAGACAGCAAUUUAUCUCUUCUGAUUGAGUCUUUUGUUUUUUGGCUUAAGCUAUACAAGUUUGACUUAGCGUAACAAUACUUUCUAUUUUUUUUUUUAAACAGAAAUGAUUUGUAGAUUUCAGCAUUGUUUUCAGUCAUCACCAGUCAUGUUUGUCUGUCUCUUCUUGAUUGCUUUAUUUUUUUAGAGGUCAUUCUUCAGAUUCUCUCUCCACCCACACGCUAGUCAAUUCUUUAUUUCCUGCCUGAUUCAUUGGCUUCUUGUUAUAACAAUCCUUUGCACUAACAUACACUCCUCAACACCCCAUUUUAGCUUUGAUAAGUUAUACUAGUUGUGGUACAUUCUAGUGUCUUUUCAAAUGUAGUACAACACAUGUACACGGUGUGUUCUGUCGAAUGAAAUUAACAACAUUAAGACAAUACCAGUUCCAAUGUAUGAUGUUAUCAGAGUUCAGGUGUAAGAAUUCUUCCUGAUAAGCAAAUCAAGUCUGAGCUGUCAUCAAUGUAACAAUAAGAGGCGCUUGCAACAGCAAACUAAAGAAUGAAGAUAUGAAUGGAAUCUCCAAAUCAAGUGUAUGCUCAAAAAAACAAAAAAGAUGCAGAGUGAUUUCGAUGAUAUUAUAAGACAGAGUACGAUAAUAAACUUGGCCCUUGUCUGUGUGUAUACUUGUGUGUAUU